AUGGAAAAUACGACGACCAAGAAUAUCCAAUCAACACUUAAUUCUCUUCAGGAUUGCAAAAUAUUUUGGAGAGUUCCAAUUCCUUUCUGCUCAAGGAAAACUGGUAGUAAAAUUGAAUUUUCCUUAGUCACGCCCACGUUUCACAAUUUUCCGUUCUUAACUGCACCUUUCGAUAGCAAAGUUUUAACUUAG